AUGGAGGCGCUAGAGUUCAGGCUAAAACACCUGAAAGUAGAGAAUAGAGAUUUCGAAGCGGAGCAGGCAGAGAGUUUGUUGAAUACGGCUCAUUGGAGGGAUACUAGGAAAAAGCUCUCAUUGACUCUCGGAUUGACUAUUCUCUUAUCAACAUUGAUGAUAAUGAUCUUUAUGGUAUACCUGAUUCACUAUAAUGUUCGAGUAAGAAGAAUCCGUGAGGAAUUCCGAAGAUUUGCUAAUGACAACUACACCGAGAACCAGAGACAAGAUCUUCAACAAUUGAUGGCCGCGAUUCAGAGGAGAAGGAAUCGGUUUCAUUGA